GCGCGGGGGCCGGCGCCAAUGGCGGCAGGCGGAGGGGGCGGCUGACGGGAGCCCUUGCCCGUCGCGCCCAUUCAUCGCCGACGCCUUCCCCCGGCCCUCGCCUUCCUCCCCCUCCCUGUCCCCGUCCCUCCUGUCCCUCCCUCCCUCCCCCCCCCGCCGCUAUGGAGGCGUUGAUCCCCGUGAUUAACAAGCUUCAGGAUGUGUUCAACACGGUGGGGGCCGACAUCAUCCAGCUGCCGCAGAUCGUGGUGGUGGGCACGCAGAGCAGUGGAAAGAGUUCUGUGUUGGAAAGUCUUGUGGGGAGGGAUCUGCUCCCUCGAGGUACUGGAGUUGUCACCCGGAGACCCCUUAUUCUGCAGCUGGUGCACGUUUCACCAGAGGAUGGUCGGAAAACAGCUGGAGAUGAAAAUGAGCUAGGAAAGGAUGAGGUAAUGGGGAGAAAAAAGAGUUCAAAUGGGUCUAAGAGCUGUGAAGGAAAAGAAAAAGCUAGGAAAACAGACCCUGCUACAUGGAAAAAUCCAAGACACCUUUCUAAAGAGAUAGAUGCUGAAGAAUGGGGUAAAUUUCUUCAUACCAAAAAUAAGAUCUAUACAGACUUCGAUGAAAUUCGUCAGGAAAUAGAAAAUGAAACGGAGAGGAUUUCAGGAAAUAAUAAGGGGAUCAGUCCUGAACCUAUUCAUCUUAAGAUUUUUUCUUCUAAUGUUGUUAAUCUGACCCUUGUGGAUUUACCUGGAAUGACAAAGGUGCCUGUUGGUGAUCAGCCUAAGGACAUCGAACUUCAAAUAAGAGAGCUAAUCCUUCAGUUCAUCAGCAACCCAAAUUCAAUCAUUUUGGCAGUCACAGCUGCUAACACAGACAUGGCUACUUCAGAAGCACUUAAAAUUGCCCGGGAGGUGGAUCCAGAUGGUCGAAGAACCCUGGCUGUUAUCACAAAGUUGGAUCUCAUGGAUGCUGGCACUGAUGCUAUGGAUGUGCUUAUGGGAAGAGUGAUCCCAGUCAAACUUGGCAUUAUUGGAGUUGUGAACAGGAGUCAGUUGGAUAUUAACAACAAGAAGAGUGUAGCUGAUUCCAUUCGUGAUGAAUAUGGUUUUCUUCAAAAGAAGUAUCCUUCUCUAGCCAAUCGAAAUGGAACCAAGUAUCUGGCUAGAACACUGAACAGACUAUUGAUGCAUCAUAUCAGGGAUUGCUUACCAGAACUGAAAACCAGAAUAAACGUUUUAGCUGCUCAGUACCAGUCUCUACUAAACAGCUAUGGAGAACCUGUUGAGGACAAAAGUGCCACUUUAUUGCAGCUUAUUACCAAAUUUGCCACGGAAUAUUGUAACACUAUUGAAGGAACAGCAAAAUACAUAGAGACUUCAGAGCUAUGUGGUGGAGCCAGAAUCUGUUAUAUUUUUCAUGAGACCUUUGGAAGAACUUUAGAAUCUGUUGACCCACUGGGAGGCCUUAACACAAUUGAUAUUCUCACUGCCAUUAGAAAUGCCACUGGUCCCCGUCCUGCCUUGUUUGUUCCUGAAGUUUCAUUUGAACUGCUAGUAAAAAGGCAGAUCAAACGUUUAGAAGAACCCAGCUUGCGCUGUGUGGAGCUGGUUCAUGAAGAAAUGCAGAGGAUUAUCCAGCACUGUAGUAAUUACAGUACACAGGAAUUAUUGAGGUUUCCUAAAUUGCACGAUGCCAUAGUUGAAGUAGUAACCUGUCUUCUGCGGAGAAGACUUCCUGUCACAAAUGAAAUGGUUCACAAUCUUGUGGCCAUUGAGUUAGCUUAUAUCAACACCAAACAUCCAGACUUUGCUGAUGCCUGUGGUUUAAUGAAUAACAACAUAGAGGAACAAAGGCGUAACAGAUUAGCCCGGGAAUUGCCUUCUGCUGUGCCACGGGACAAGUCUACUAAGGCUCCAGGUGCAUUGGCACCUGCUUCCCAGGAGACUGUUACUGCUGCUUCUGCUGAGGCUGAUGGCAAGGCUGCUCCUGGAGCUGGAGAUGUGUCUCAGGAGCCUGGAACAGGCAACUGGAGAGGAAUGCUGAAACCUUCAAAAGUGGAAGAGAUAUCGGCAGAGGAAAAAGCCAAGCCAGCUGCAGCCCCCCUGCCUGCUAGUCCUCAGAAGGGACAUGCUGUAAACCUAUUAGAUGUGCCUGUACCUGUUGCACGCAAACUUUCUGCCCGUGAACAACGAGAUUGUGAAGUGAUUGAAAGACUUAUUAAAUCUUACUUCCUUAUUGUCAGGAAGAACAUUCAGGACAGUGUGCCAAAGGCAGUGAUGCAUUUCCUGGUGAACCACGUGAAAGAUACUCUGCAGAGCGAGCUGGUAGGCCAGCUAUAUAAAUCCUUGUUGUUGGAUGACCUUCUGACGGAAUCUGAGGACAUGGCACAACGCAGAAAAGAGGCAGCUGACAUGCUAAAGGCCCUGCAGCGAGCCAGUCAGAUCAUUGCAGAGAUCCGGGAGACUCACCUUUGGUGAAGACUCUGCCAGCCACGCUAUUUAUAUGCAUUGGAGGUUCUAUUGACUUGAAAAUUCCUAGGCAUGGUAUAUGGAAUAGAAUUUUUAUUUAUGAACUCUUACCUGUGUACUGCAACUGUGUAAAUCUGCUCAUGUAAAGACAGUUGGUUUGAUUUGCAAACAAAUAUAUGCUGUAUUUUGCGAAAUAAGUCGUAUUUAAUCCACAUAAUAAAUGGCUCUAAAUGUUUCUUUACCAGCUUUCUGGUGCAAAUUAAAGCAGACCAAGUCUACUGUCUCAGUGACAGCCUCAUUCGAACUUGGGGAAAAACCAUUCAAGUUCCAGUGCCUGACUUGCUAAACAGGUUGCCUGUGGUUAAGAUGGACGGUGUAGUCUUGUGGCAUAGUUUUAAGCUGCUUUUACAAUAGAAGUUUAAAUACUGUGAAGAGAAGAGAGCACCGAAUAUUUUCUUUCAUGAAUAUACUGCAUGCACUAUGACAGAUGGAAGUAUCAAUUUUAUAGCACAGUAGAUAUGUCUACCGUAUUACUAUGUAUCUGUGUCCCCAUUUUUUUUUUUCUCCAAAUGUUGAAACUGCAGACAAAACUUUGAAAUUUAAUGAAGUAUCAUGUAGGAAGAGUUAGCCUGGAGCUUGCGAACAAUAGGAGCCUACUAAAAAGUGGGUGCAAAUUUAUUCAUGUGCACUGGAGCUUGUGUAUAAAUGUUGGGGAUUACAAUCAGGUACAGGAACAUCUUCCCCUUCCUCCCCCCUGGGACCAAGCCCCUGGACCAUCCGACAGGAAAUUUGUUCUGACAGAAUUGACAAAUAAAAACGGAUUUCAAAACUGUUACGGAAUAAUAAGUGUUUCUUUAACAAACAAAUUAAGCUGGCCAGGGAGAAGGGGGUCCCCACAACUUCUUCCAAAGUUGGAAUGUAUGACAAUAUGAAAGAAAGUCUGUGGGACUGAAAUAUUUCUACCAGAUAUUAGUUACUUUUGAGGAAAUUUCACUGUGCUUGUAAGUAGCUGCUUUUUUUUUUGCUUUUUUUUUUUUCUCUCCUCAGGACAAUCCUAAUAUUAGGGAAAUAUAAGUUGGAAAGUAUGUUCAUGAAUUAUUUUCUUCUGACUGUAAUUCAUACAGAUAAAUAUUGAUCACAUUAGCCUUUAAAAAGUAAACAUUUUUAUGUUUAUGAAUAAAAAUUUAUUUAAACUCCAGCCAGCACACUUGCAUGUACUUUUCAAGCAGAUUCACUUUUUUGCGUAAAGUGAAAAAAUGUCUACUAUGGUGUUGCUAAUAUUUUAUAUCUUUAACACAAUUUGCAUGAAAAAUAGGACAGUGCUGUUAAUUAAUAUCCAUGGCUUGCUUUUACAAUACUGGGCCAACACAGUCAACUUUUUAUUAUCAUAUCCAGCUCCUUCCCCAUUUCAUCAGUUAACAAAAAUUGAAUGAUUCUGUAAAGUACUAAAGAUUGGAAAGUCCAAAACUGUUAAAAUCUCAGUUUACAAGGUCUGUUAAAAAUUUAUCUUUCCUCAUGGUCAGCACUGUAAGCACAAGGAGUUCUGUCUGACAGAGGCAAUUCUUGGAUACUUUUAUGUAUCAUCUGAAAUAAUUAAUGCAGAAUGCAGAAAUAUAUUCUGUAGUUCUAAACAACCUAAAAUGUCAUGAUUUAUGCAUUACAUGUAAUGAAUACAAAGAAAGUAAUUUUAAAUUCUUGCAUAGUAUCCAGGGAUGGUAGUUUUCAUAUUUAAGAAAUGUUACUGUAGUGAAGUUGAAGUGCAAGGCACUUUUCAAAUCAGUUUUGAUGAACAGUGAAAGUUCUUAAAAGUUUGGUUAAAAUCAUUGCAUUUCUGACUGGAAUUCACUUGACACCUCUCUCUUUCACUUUUGACAUCUAAAGUAUGUUUUCAAGAAGGUAGAGCUGUCCAUAAGUGAACUGCUACUACCUAAACUUUAACCACCAAAGUUCCGUCAGCAGUCCCUUGUGAAGAAAUAUGUUGGAUCUUGAAGUUUUUGAAUGCUGUGUAUAGCAAAUGAAUUCAUUUAAGAAAUUUGUGCAAGUGAUUACUGGCUCUGUAAUGUCAUAUGUAAUUUCCACCGUGUUAUUUUUUGGUUUCUUAAUAUUAUGGCUUUUUUUCAAGUUUCACAAAAAAUUUCAAUUUGGUAAUGUUUGAAUGCCAAGCAAUCAACUUGAUUUGUAAUCCUUAAUGGAAGUCUUAAAAAAUCCAUGAUGUAACAAUCCUGUUGUUAAAUAAACAGAUAAGACACACAAUUAAUUAGCCCCGAGAUAAAGCCUUGAACUGAUGUGUAGCUCAGGUGGCAAGACUAACGUGCUCCUACAAGUUAAUAGUAAUACCUACUAAUAUUGUACAGCCUUACUUAUGUUUGCACUUGCCCUCAUGCAAUUCUAUGUUGUUCUUGGAUAGCUGACUAAGUAAUAGUGUAGACAGGCAACUAGUGGGCACUAAUAGUUUUUAGACAAUCUGUUCUCUGGAAUGAAAAUUAAAAUACCUAAAAUGCUGCAGUUACAGCCACCAUUAAAGGAAAUUAGGGGGAAGCUACAGAAAAAAGCCAAAUGAAGGCAAUGACUGAAAAAUUCCAAGACCGAUGAUUUACAAAUGUUGUUUUGUUCACCUUUAUUUUAUUUUACCUGGAAGUAUUUUUGUGAUCAAUGCACAAAUUCCAGCUAACGUGAAAUAAUUUUCUGUCUAGUGACACCCACGAUCAUGGGGGAGAGUAACUACUGUAGCUAAGUUUAAGGUGAGUGAAUGUUUUGACAUUCAUACCUGAUCUACAUGUGGUACUACUGUAAAUAAUACAUAGUAUCCCUGUAUGAAUAGAAUUUGUCAAUAAAUUAUUUGGGGGUUUUAGUAGGCAGUUACACAUUUCACUUGGUGAAACAGCUGGUAAGGGGGCUGUCUGUGUGCUUCAAACUGUAUUCUGAAGUAAACAUAAUAAAACAUGUAAAACUUGCCUUUA